UUUUUAUCGCGUGCAUUUAUUUUUCAAUUUAAUACUAAGGUGUCGUUGUUAAUGUGCUUUAAAUGUACCAACGUUAUUGUUUGGUUUUUUUUCUGCAAAUCGCACCUGACCUGACGUGAAUGCGAGCCGGGGCUCAUUGUUAGCAGCUAACGUAGCUUGCUAAAAUUUCUGAAACGUGAAUGUCUUACUUUUAGGCUCUUUAAGUAACAAAAUGAACGUUUGGAGUUCAGUUAUUAUUACUAAGACGUAAAAUGGUCAUGAAUGUAAUGUUAAUGUGCUUUUGAAAAUCAAUGUGAGCAAAUAUUUCAUCUGUAGCCCACGGACGUGCUGCUAGCAUUGCGGUGAUCGCGAGCUAGCCUGAUUGUCUAUAAUGGACGGUAGCGGUGUUCCAAUCGUUUGGCCUAAAAAAUAUUCUUUUUACGAUAACAUGACUUCUAAUUCGUUUGAUUUUGCAAUUAGUGAAGUUAUGAAUGUUUUGUUAAAGGCCUACUUUUUUCGUAACACUAUUAUUCUGGUUCUGUCUCAUCUCUUUAGUGUUUGAAUGGAUAUAACCAGGUGCACGGAGAAAUGGGAGAGGCCUCCAACAUCCUCCAUCAUGUUGUCAAGUAAGAAAUCCGACGCUGGGUCCUCGUCAUCAUCCUCUACAUCCUCAGCGGGGGCGGCGGGCGGCGACAGAGCCCAGGGCUCUGAUGCCCAGGCGGCUGCUUCAGUCUCAGCUGCGGGUCCAAUUGACAUAAAGAAGAAGGAGAGGUCGUCCCCGAGCGGCGAGUCAGGAGGAGCCCCUAUGCCUCACCAGGGGGGAGGAGGCCCCGGCGCCCUGGACCCGGACUCGGCCGAAGUCCGCAGGACGAGUCGGCGCAAGCGGCAAAAGCAGGUGGAGUACCGCGAGAUGGACGAGAGCCUGGCCAAUCUGUCCGAGGACGAAUAUUAUUCUGAGGAGGAGAGAAACGCCAAGGCGGAGAAAGAGCGAAAGCAGGUCAUCCCGCCACCAGCCCCUCCACCAGAAGAAGAGAAUGACAGUGAACCCGAGGAACCAUCUGGUGUGGAAGGCGCUGCUUUUCAGAGUCGCCUCCCUCACGACCGCAUGACAUCCCAGGAAGCCGCAUGCUUCCCCGACAUCAUCAGCGGCCCCCAGCAGACCCAAAAGGUCUUCCUCUACAUCCGCAACCGCACACUCCAACUGUGGCUGGACAACCCAAAGAUCCAGCUGACUUUUGAGACCACCGCACAGCAGCUUGAAGCUCCAUACAACAGCGAUGCUGUGCUGGUGCACAGGAUACACAGCUACCUUGAAAGGCACGGGCUGAUCAACUUUGGCAUUUACAAGAGGGUCAAGCCUUUACCCACCAAGAAGACCGGAAAGGUGAUUGUGAUUGGCGGAGGGGUGUCCGGCCUGGCUGCAGCCCGCCAACUGCAGAGCUUUGGGAUGGAUGUCACUGUAUUGGAAGCCAGGGACCGCGUCGGAGGCAGGGUGGCCACAUUUAGGAAGGGCAACUAUGUGGCAGAUCUGGGGGCCAUGGUUGUGACAGGCCUGGGAGGGAAUCCCAUGGCUGUGGUCAGUAAGCAGGUUAACAUGGAGCUGGCCAAGAUCAAACAGAAGUGUCCGCUGUAUGAAGCCAAUGGCCAGGCCGGUGAACGGUGCACUAGUGUGCCCAAAGAAAAAGACGAGAUGGUGGAGCAGGAGUUCAACAGACUGCUGGAGGCCACCUCCUUCCUCAGUCACCAGCUGGACUUUAACUUCCUCAACAACAAGCCCGUCUCGCUGGGACAGGCCCUGGAGGUGGUCAUACAGCUGCAGGAGAAGCAUGUCAAAGAUGAGCAGAUAGAACACUGGAACAAGAUUGUGAAGACGCAAGAAGAGCUCAGAGAUUUGCUCAACAAGAUGGUGUCCACCAAGGAGCGGGUGAAGGAGCUCCAUCAGCAGUUCAAAGAGGCCAGUGACGUCAAACCGCCGAGGGACAUCACCGCGGAGUUCCUGGUGAAGAGCAAGCACAGAGACCUGACAUCGCUCUGCAAAGAGUACGACGAGUUGCAGGAGCUGCAGGGGAAGCUGGAGGAGAAGCUCCAGGAGCUCGAGGCCAACCCACCCAGUGACGUCUACCUGUCGUCCAGAGACCGCCAAAUACUAGACUGGCACUUUGCCAACUUGGAGUUUGCCAACGCCACGCCCCUCUCUACCCUUUCACUCAAACACUGGGAUCAGGACGACGACUUUGAGUUCACCGGCAGCCACCUGACCGUGAGGAACGGUUACUCGUGCGUGCCCGUCGCUCUCGCCGAAGGCUUGGACAUCAAACUCAACACGGCCGUGCGGCAGGUUCGAUACACAGCCUCUGGCUGCGAGGUAAUCGCUGUCAACACCCGCUCCGCAACGCAGACGUUCAUCUACAAGUGCGACGCGGUGCUGUGCACGCUGCCGCUAGGCGUGCUCAAGCAGCAGCCGCCCGCCGUCCAGUUUGUGCCGCCAUUGCCCGAGUGGAAGACUUCUGCCAUACAGAGGAUGGGCUUUGGGAACCUCAACAAGGUGGUGCUCUGUUUCGACCGCGUGUUCUGGGACCCCAGCGUCAACCUGUUCGGUCACGUGGGCUCCACCACGGCCAGUCGGGGUGAACUCUUCCUCUUCUGGAACCUCUACAAAGCUCCCAUCCUGCUGGCUCUGAUGGCAGGCGAGGCGGCCGGAAUCAUGGAGAACAUCAGUGACGAUGUCAUCGUGGGACGUUGCCUCGCCAUCCUCAAGGGCAUCUUCGGAAGCAGCGCCGUGCCUCAGCCAAAGGAGACGGUGGUGACGCGUUGGCGCGCCGACCCCUGGGCACGGGGCUCCUACUCCUAUGUGGCAGCUGGUUCUUCGGGCAAUGAUUAUGACCUGAUGGCGCAGCCCAUCACGCCGGGUCCUGCCAUCCCGGGAGCCUCGCAGCCUGUUCCCCGACUCUUCUUCGCGGGCGAGCACACAAUUAGGAACUACCCAGCCACGGUACAUGGUGCCCUCCUCAGCGGCCUCCGUGAGGCCGGGCGCAUCGCAGACCAGUUCCUCGGCGCCAUGUACACGCUCCCCAGGCAGGCCACGCCCACUGCCGCCAACAACCCACCUCAGGCUCAGCCCACUGCCACCACGGUCUGAAACUGUCCUCUUGCAACUACAAAGACCCCCCCCCCCCCCAUUCCCCCUCAAUCGCCAGGGAAGUCAACAUUCCGAAUGAAAAGCGGCCCGGAUGAUGAGAUGACAUUUGGGGGAGGGGGAGGGCGGAUCGUCUUGAUUCUUGAAGCAUGGACGUCCUGCUUUUGUUUAUACAUGUGAACCCGCCACACUAAAAGCGCCAUUCGGGUGUAGCUAAACGUGUCGUCAGUUGGGUUAUGAAGUGUAGUAUAGUUUGUAUGAAAAGAUAUAUUGAAAAGAAUGUACUUGUAAUUGAGAUAUUUCAUCAUGUUUGCCAUGACUUUGUUUGUUUUUGUUUUUUUAAUUGUUUUGUUAUUAAAUGACUGAAACCACAA